GAAUUAAAUUGAUUAUGUUUCUGAAUAAUUUUUGUCGCUCUUAACCGAAUUUUAUAUAAAAAUCCAUCUUCUGUGAUCAAAAGAAUUUGUUUUCGCUUAGUGUCGGGAUAGUGGUGAUCGUUUAUCUGCUUGGAAACUUUAAAAAUGAAGUUAAAUAGCUUUUUGAAGUUCUUGUUUGUAAUGUGUUCCUUACUGAAGUGUAUUGCACCUAAUGAGGCUGCUCUAAAAAGACUCUACAACGAGAAGGCAUCUUUCAUGGAGCCUUACGUUAAACGCAUGAGAUCGUUGAUGAACACAUCGGUAGACCCGUGUGAUGAUUUUUACGAAUAUGCUUGUGGGAACUAUUCACACGUAAUCGAGAACUUGGAAACAUCUUUAAGGCGAUCGAACUUAUUCGAUAUUAUGUUUCAGCUCACUGAUAAAAUGGAUGAGAUUUUACUGAAAGAACGGGACCCCAACAGUGAAAAAUAUUACGAGGAGCUUCAAAUCGCAAAGAAAUUCGUCAAUACCUGUGCCAAGGCUAAACUCUUACCUAUAGAGCCAAGUGAAGAAUAUUUAGAAGUGAUCAAGAACAUUGGUGGAUUUCCCGCCAUCGAUCCGAACUGGGAUGAGUCUUCCUUCGAUUGGUUCAAUAUGACCGCCCAUCUCACUCGAUAUGGAAUCGUUGGACUUGUAGAGGAGAGAAUUUCAUUGUCUUAUCCCUUUAAACCAUUUUAUACACUUCCCAUACUUGGUUUUGGAUUUGACGUUUAUCAAGAGAAUAUCGCCACAAAUAAGUCCGAAGGAUACAUUUACAACGAGAAUAUUAUGCGCCAACUUUUGAAGGUCUACAAUGUCUCAAACAACCAAGCCGAUAAAGUGAUAGAAGAAGUAUUUGAUUUAUGGAGGGAAAUUCUAGUUAUUCAGGCUCCAUUGAUAGAUGCAAAAUUUGUUCAUAGUAAAUGUCGACAACUGGGGGCUAUCAAUGACCUCAGACAAGACUUCGACAAAUGGACCAAUUUGUUUAAGAUUGCUUGGAAUGUAACGGAGUUUCGUAUUUCAUAUGAGUCCUACUGCCCUUGUGACUAUUUCUAUAACAAACUUGACCAAUUAGCUAAAAAAAAUGCAAAAGCCUUUGCUAAUUAUUUAGCCUUGAGGUUCCUCUUUUCGAUACAUCCUCAACUAGAGUCUUCAAAAUUUCAGCGAAGUAAAUGUGUUAAUAUUGUCAAAACUGCUCUACCAACGAUUUUCUCCCAUUUCUACAUGAAAGAGCAUUAUGAAAAGCAGAACGAAGACGAUAUCAAUGGGAUGAUCUUAGAACUUAAGGCCACUUGGAAAGAUGUUUUAACCAGUGUGGAUUGGAUAGACCAGACUGAACGCGAAUUAGCAUUGUUAAAAUUGGAAAAUCUUCAUUCUCGUAUUGGUCAAAUAGUUGAUCCUAUUUCUGACGUUUAUAUCAAGCAAAUAAAAUUGCUUAAACCAACAGACAAUGUUGCAGUUAAUAAUCUUCAAUUGACUAAAUUCAAGGUUGACAUGAGUCACUUUGGGCUAUUACAUAUGAAUGAAUAUAAAUCUUCAACAGCGUAUAGCAUUCUUAACGCCGCUGUGGAAAUAAGAGUGUUCUACUUGUUACUCGAAAAUAACAUCGUUUUAAUGGGUGGUCUAUUUCAUCCUCCAAUUUAUCAUAAAGACUUUACAAUGCCUCUUAAAUAUGGAACUCUUGGCUACAUCAUUGGACACGAGAUAAGUCACGGUUUUGAAGGAAGGGGUUUUGAAAUCAAUCCUAAUCGAACUCAUCAUACUUUGUCGUCAAGCAAAUCUUUCAAAAUUGCUAUAAAGAGAUCUUUCUGUUUUGAAGACGAUUACAAUAACUUUCAAGGACAUGUUUUAGAAAAAAAGGUCAAUGGUGAGAAUGUACUGUCUGAAAUCAUAGCUGAUAGUCUUGGAUUGCGACAAGCAUUUGAAACUUAUAGAAGAAUUAUAAAACACAGAGGAAAUUCAUAUUCGGAAAAAGAAUAUAAUCUUCCAAUUUUAAAAAUGAGCCAAGAACAAUUAUUCUUUCUUUCAUUUGCUCAGAUUAAUUGUGCCAAAUUAAGACCACAGGAUUAUUGGGCUCAAUUUAGUGCAAGACAUCCACUAGCAAAAUAUCGAGUAAUGGGCACACUAAGAAAUUUUGACGAAUUUUCAAAGACGUUCAAUUGUCCCCUAGACAGUCCGAUGAACCCUCCUGAAAAAUGUAGAUUAUGGAAAAUACAAACCACACACAAUAUACGAACUAAAAUAUUACCGCAUUUGAAUUCAUUUGCAAGACAGUGUAGGGCUAGUCGGUUGUGGUCCAAGCGUGAUUUUAGUAUGAAAUUUUCCUAUCAAUCAAUUGCGUUAUUUUUCGCGUUUUUCAUUCAAACUUGUAAUUUGUUGCCGUGCUUCGGUGCUCCCACACUCGACAAUGAGAUUCGGCAUGGAAACGACGACAAAGUGAAGUCCUUUCGUGAGAAAUACGCCCUACGCAUGAAAUCCUACAUGAACGCCUCGGUCGAUCCGUGCGAUGAUUUCUACGAGUUCGCGUGUGGCAACUUUCCAAAUGCCAUCGAGCAAAUCGAUACACUGAAAAAGCGCAAUAACCUGGUCGAUAUAGGCUAUGUGGUCAACGAUUUGGUGGACGUUACCCUUCAAAAACAUCGGCUGCCAAAUGAAAAGUUCUCGAGUGAGCUGGAAAAGGCAAAACAACUGCUCGACUCAUGUGUGAAUGCAAACCUAUGGCCCCUUGAGCCAAAAGAAGAGUUUCUUGAGGUGGUGAAGGCCAUAGGAGGAUUUCCAGCCAUCGAUCCCACUUGGAACUCUUCGGAGUUUGAUUGGUUUAAAAUGACGGCACAUCUUAGUCGAUACGGUGCCGAUGGAUUGGUGACGGAAAAAAUAUUUCUAAAGCAUCCCUUCCCGCCGUAUUAUGAACUACCGAAGUUCGGUUUCGAUUUUGAUGCAUAUCUGGAGAACAUUGCGACUAAAGACGCUCCGGGGUACGUGUACAACGAGAAGAUAAUGAGAGAAUUCCUGAAUCUUUACGGAGUGUCGGAGACUAAAGCUGAUAAAAUAAUCGAGGAUAUAAUAGAAUUUUGGCGGGAAGCUCUGCUUGUCGAACAAAAGAAAAACAGUUACGGACACUGCGAUUUCUUGUCUAUAAUCGAAGAAACGGGUGAGUUUUCCAAAUGGGAUUCGUUCUUCGAAAUCGCUUGGGAGGUGGACGAAUUUCAACAAUCCGAUGUGAGUGAAUGUCCGUGUGACUGGUAUUAUAACAAGUUGGAUGCAAUCAUUGCAAAACGACCCGAAGCAGCUGCCAAUUACAUGGCCUUGAAAUUUCUCUUCAAAAUGCAUCCUCAUCCACAAGUGAAGACCUCAAAGUUUCAGCGAACUCACUGCUUGAGCUAUGUUAAACGAGCGUUUCCAUUGGUUUUGUCCCAUUUCUAUAUGAAGGAUCACUACGACAGGGCUGCUGAAGAUGGAAUCAUGGAAAUCAUAUCUGAGAUCAAACUUAGCAUGCAGAAUAUUGUGGAAACUGCUGAUUGGCUUGACGAGCCAACACGAUUAGAAGCAUUGGCCAAGAUCCGAAUGCUGCGGACGAGGUUAGGUGAAGUUGUUGAUCCCAGUACAGAAAUUUACAACAACGAAGUAAAGAAGCUCAACUUGACGGACAAUUUUUCGUUAAAUGUCCUCAAAAUGGCCAAAUUCAAUGUCGACCUUCUUCAUUAUGGCUUUCUGCACUCAGAAAUGCCAGAAUCUACACUGCCACUGGAACUUCUAGAUGUACUCCAAGUGAAUGCCUUCUAUUACGUCCUUGAUAAUAGUAUCAAUGCAAUGGCUGGUAUCCUACAUCCUCCAGUUUAUCAUCCCUACCUCCCGAAGUCCUUGAACUACGGCAGUCUUGGAUAUAUUCUUGGCCAUGAAAUAACUCACGGCUUCGACAAUGUUGGCUCGAACUUUGAUUCUAAUUUGACUCUCAGGAAUUGGUGGUCAGAAAAGUCGAGUAAAGUUUUUGAAGAACGUUUGAACUGCUUUGCUCAGCAUUACAACGAAUACACGGUUCCGGAAAUAAAUCGCAAGCUCAACGGGACAAAUGCCCAGGAUGAAAAUAUCGCUGACAGUGGUGGCUUGAGGGAAGCCCUAAUUGCCUAUCGCAGAGUCUUCAAAAAUGCCAUUAAGAACAAAGUGGAAGACUUCGAGAAGAAUGAAUCAUUGCCAGGUCUUGAUAUGACUCCCGAACAGACGUUCUUCCUAAGUUUUGCUCAAGUCUAUUGCUCCAAGUAUGAUUUGAAGCAUUAUUGGGUUGAGAUAUCCGAUGAUCAUCCUCUAGACAGGUAUCGAGUCAUGGGUUCGUUGCAAAACUUUGAAGAGUUUCCUCUGGUAUUCAAUUGUCCUUUGGGCAGUCGAAUGAACCCAAAUGACAAGUGCCGCCUAUGGUAGGCCCCAUGUGACUAUGUCGAGUGCGUGUAUGGUUACUAGUUUUUGUUAAGUCAAUUUUCUCUUUUUAAGUGACAAAUAAAUAAAAUUAUUUUAUUUAAAUAACUACCUACUUGUAGUUUAUUGUUUA